CCAUGGCUACCAACGACAGGUACACAGCAUAGCAAGCAAUGUAUCACACUGCUGCAGCUGUCACGGACACUUUUAACCCAGCGGCGAAUCCUGACGUAACCUCUCCGCGCCACUUCCUGCGCCAGCCCCCGCCCCUCGCGGCAUUGUGGGAAGCCGGAAAGGGGUCGCGGGGGAAGAAGAUGGCUGCGCGGGGAAGGGACAGGGUCGGAGGUGGGGGCCGCGAUGGCAUUGACGGAAAGGUGGAGCGGGAGUCGGGGCGUCCGGAGUCGGAGCUGCUGCUGCUGCACCCGGAGCUGCUCUCGGAGGAGUUCCUGCUGCUCACGCUGGAGCAGAAAAAUAUACUAGUUGAAAAUGAUGUAAAGAUGGAUAAAGAUGGUCUCACUGAUCUCUAUAUUCAACAUGCCAUUCCUCUGCCUCAGCGUGACUUGCCAAAAAGUAGAUGGGGAAAAAUGAUGGAGAAGAAAAGACAGCAAAAUGAGUUUAAAAGUGAGAAUAAAAGUGUUACAAUGGCAGAAGGUUUAAGGAAACGGCCAUUAAUUGUGUUUGAUGGCAGUUCAACAAGUACAAGCAUAAAAGUGAAAAAGACAGAAAAUGGAGCUGCUGAUCGCCUAAAACCUCCUCCAGCUGGAAGCACCACCAACACUGUUAGAAGAUUAUCUGUUCCUCCGAAUGCCGCAACGUACAUUUCAGCCUCCAGUUUAUCAGAGGACGCUAAGCUGGGAAUGAGGAAUAAUGAGACUAAGCAGAACAAUAUUUCAAAGACUAACAGCAGUAUGUUGGCUAGUCUGAAGGUGUACCCCUUGUCUCCAGUAGCAGGAACUACUGUUGUGAAGUUAAAGAGAGCUGUUCCAAAAGAAGAAUCUGAUUUGCCGGAAUUGGCAAGCUAGAGGAAGGAACUGGAUAUGAAUAUCUGGAGAGCUGCCUGGACUGUGGGUCUGAAUGAGAAGCUGUAACAACAAGCCGUACUAACUGAAGUGAGAGGCUAAAUGUUGAGUUCUCAUUUUGAGCCAUGGUGGUCUUAAUCAGGUAUCUGGGCUUCUGUAAGAUGAUGAGAAAGACAAGCUGAGGUCUUGAACAGACUAGUGCUGUUCUCAAGUAGAUGGCUGAUGACUGAGCUGUUAACCAUGAAGGUAAAUAGUUACCUUUCUUUCUGCAAGUUAGAUUCAGCUGCAAACAAAUUUCCUGUAGAGAACUACACUACAGCUGGGCGCAGAAGGAGGCCAGUGAGUUGAAGUGAUGAGAGAAGAGCUAAGGCCAGAUAUAUGAAUUCAGCAGGGCAUAUCUUUGAAAGUGUAGGUAAUUGUGUUCUAGCUGUCAGCUGCAGCGAAAGAUAGAACAGUGGUUGUUUCUGACAAAGGUGUAAUUAGUCUUUUAAGAGCUUGUCAGUGAGCAAGGAGCAAUGAGCUAUGUCCUCUUUAAAACAUGCCAUGAGGUAGGGAUAAGCCUUGCAUUUGUCUUCUGUUUCUUCGUGAUGCAAAUGAAGGCACUUUCACAUUUCCACUGGAGUAUGGGACUGUCUGGAGUAAGUCUGGGCUUCAAAGGAGGAGGUAUUUCUGUCCUCAGUUGAGCUGCAGGGGGAGCUUUAGAUACGCAGUGUGAAUUACAUUGAUUAAAAUUUUCUCAGGUCAUCAGACUUCUGUUUUCUCAGUAUUGGGUCAUGAAAUGCUUUCUAUUAAUUUCUCUCUCUAAAAAAAAAGCUUUCAUGAAAGAAUGCAGGUAAUAUCCUUGCUGUGUGGAUUGGUAGUUUCCCUCAGACUUCUGUUAAACGUGAGCACCUAAACAUAUGGCUGUUCUGAAGAACUUUUACAAGGAUCAUGGCUGCGGCCCUGUGGCAGAUUUAUGCUGAAGAGGUGUGUUUCCUACUUACCAGUAUCACUAGCUUAUUUUAAUACUUAGGACUCUUUCAAUUAUUGGUCAGAUCUGAGCCCAUAGAGCUUUUGAAACUUCUUUAGUAUGCACCUCCCUGCUGCUUUACAUUGUAUUUAAAUGUUUUGUAGACAUAGUGAUGAGCACUUUUAAGUGAUUAUACAUCUGACACUUAAAAGCUAUGAUCCCUGACACUUUACUUUCUACCUUAUCCACAGUUCUUGUUGUUCAGGUUAAUACCGGUAAGUUCUUUGGUUAGUGUUGGUUAGAUAUGUUUGAAGUUAGGCAAGUGUAUUGUAUGGAUAUUACUUUACUGUCUGAAAUUAACAUAAUACUGAAUAAUAAGUCAUGGAGCCAGGAAGAGUCAAUGUACUUGGCUGAAAAGUGUAAAGCCUGAUAUAUUUUUUAAUAUGACCGUAAGGACAGUUGCCUUUUCAAGCAAGUGACUGUUCUUUGACUGUCAAGAUAAACUGAAGUUCUUGUACUGACUAGCACAGAACUGUCUCUCCUUAAGGUCUAAUUCCCUUAAACCUUUCAGUGGUUGCAAUCUACAGCAUUGCUGUAAAUAAACAUUGAAACUCUUACAGAGAAGAGAGAUCUCUUGAUUGUGCUCCCCAAACCACUCCUCUGCAGAAUCAUAGAUGUUAGGAUUGGAAGGGACCUUAAGAUCAUCUAGUUCCAACCCCCUUGCCAUGUCUAGACCAUGUCACCCAAGGCUCUAUGCAGCCUAGCCUUGAACACUGCCAGGGAUGUGACAUUCACUGCUUUUUUGGGCAACCCGUUCCAGUGCCUCACCACCUUCACAGUAAAGAACUUCUUCCUU